AUGGCUGCUGAUUUUGUCUGGUUCUCAAAUGAGAGAGAAGUUCGAAAUACAGCAAGGAAGAGGACGGAUUUCUUACCAAAUGAACUCUAUAUAUCCCUUUCCUCUGAUGUGAACCCUCUUGAGGCAAUUGAUGGCAGAGCAACGAUAAUCUCUGUAGACAAGUUUUGUCGCCUAUACCCUUCGCAGAAAAUCCCACAUCAUUCCCAAGAUGCCGGCCACCUGUUUGUCUGCCGAAGAGGUUUGAACAUGCGCACAACCAUCUAUACCGAGGAAUUUAUCUGGGAAGAGAAGUAUCGGGGCCUGGAGGACCUUGACAAUUUAGUUGAUUUCGUCUCGAAGACUACCCAGCGCACUCGGCGACUACCAUCACAAGUAUCUAAACAACCCCUUCUCCAAGGCAAGGUGUAUACUCCUCAACGGUCGGAGCAGACCCCGCAAGAGACCGGGUCAAACGAAGUGUCUCUUCAGUACAGUAAACCUAUUAAUAAAAGGAAUCUUGAGUUCACGCCCUCGCGACGCGGAGUGAUCCGCCAGCUAGAACACGCCGUUGAAACCAACAACCUCGACGAUUUUAUUUUCGUUGAGAUUAAUGGCAUGAAGAUCACUAAUCCCCAUCAGGCAUAUGUCAUCCUUUGGCAGGCCCUAAAAGGAGACCGUGUCAGUCCCAGCCAGGCUUUGGACCUUCUGGAGCGAGAAUUCAGCUACCCUAAUCCUCGGCGAGUUUCUUGCGUCGUCUUGAUGGAUGAGCUGGACCAACUUGUCACGAAAACCAGAAUUAGCAGUCGCCUAGGCUUAACGAGAAUCGCGUUUCCUGGGUACACUCACGAGCAACUUGUACAGAUCAUCCAAUCUCGUCUUGAAGGUGUUCCAGGAAGAAUUGUUGACCCGGAUGCUAUACAGUUUGCCAGCAGAAAAGUAGCCGCUGUUAGUGGCGAUGCCAGGAGGGCCCUCGAUAUUUGUAGGAGGGCUGUAGAAAUCGCCGAGGCGGAUAGUACUAGGACAAUAGGAAACCUGGCCUUUUCCGAACGGGCACAAAUUCCAAGCAAUCAACAUCGAGGAGCAGCGGUCUCCAUUUCCACAAUCAAGCGGGCUAUUAACGAAGCCACCUCUAAUCCCGUACAGCAACACCUCCGUUCUCUUUCGCUUCUCUCAAAGUUGCUCUUGUGGGCCAUAUUGGGUAAGAUCAAGAGAUCGCGUAACAUGGAGACGACCAUUGCGGACGUUACAGAUGAGUUGUCUCUAAUCAUGAAGGCGUGUUCUGCUCAUUUGGAACAGGAGGACUUCGGCGCGUUUUCCGCAUUGGUAUUGGAUGGGCCUGAGGAGGUUAGUUACUGCAGGGGACUGGACAUACCACGCCAUAUAGGCGUGAACACUGCAGCCCUCGACCUCGAAGCCGCUGGUAUAAUCAUACUUGAAGAUCACAUGUCAAACCGCCCUAAUAAGAUCCGCCUUGCAUUCUCAGAGGGCGAGAUAAAGAUGGCUUUCCGCGACGAUCACGAACUCCGGAGGCUGCGCAUAAACUUGUAA